AUGGCUGCGAAGCCCGGGGCCGGAAGUGCUGCUGUCCGGGGCCAGAGCGGCGGCGGCGGCGGCGCUGCGGCUGCUGGCGGGGCGAUGGAGCGGGUUCUGCCCGUGUUGCUGGUGCCGCUCCCUCCGGAGGCGACGGGGCAGCUGGGGUCUCGAGCCCAGCUGCACGGCGGGCAGGAAGCUCUGGGGAGCUUGACGGCUUCGGGCCGGCUCCAAGUGCUUUCCCUGGCUCCGGGCAGCCGGGGCGGGGGCCGCUGCCGUCUCCGCGGUCCCUUCCGGCACUUUGUCUGGGAGGAUUCUCAUGGCAGCAGAUCAACAGACAAGCCCAAACUGCUUGCCCUUACUGAAAAUGAUGAACUGGUCAUAUACGAAUUUAAUUUGAAAGAUGGGAAAUGUGACGCAGCCGUAUUACACAGCUAUUGUGGGAAGACCCUGGAAAAACUCCUUGAAGACCAAGAUGUCAGUAUUUCCUUACUGUCAUUGAGAAUUCUAUCAUUUCACAGUAACACAUCGUUUGUGUUCAUCAACAAGUGUAUGAUCCUACAUGUUGUAUUUCCUGAGAAAGAUGCAGACAUUGGAGUACUCAACUGUUUCACGCUACCCUUGCCCAAACAGACAAUGGACACAAUUGUCGACAUCCAGCUGUGCAAAGGAAUUCUUUUCAUUUUGAGUAGUUUAGGCUGGAUCCAUAUUUUUGAUACUGUGGAAGGCACAGAUGUAGCUCGUGUGGAUUUAGCACUUCUCCAAGAAGUUAUGAAUAAUCAGCAGCAACAGGAACCAGCCAAGAUUUCUUCUUUUACCUCACUGAAAGUGUCUCAAGACCUGGAUGUUGUGGUUCUUGUCAGCUCCUCUAACUCUGCAAUUGCACUUAACUUAAACUUGUAUUUCAGGCAAUAUCCAGGACACCUACUAUGUGAAAGAGCACUAGAAGACCUUCCCAUUGAAGGACCGAAGGGGAUAGAUGAAGAUGAUCCUGUUAAUUCUCUCCACAACAUGAAACUGACCAAAUUUUCCUUCCAGGUGGAUAGAUCGUGGAAGGCCCAGCUGUCAUCACUGAGUGAAACCACAAAGAGCUCCAAACUGGAGGUUUCCUGCCGUGCUCCCUGGUUUCAGGAUGUUUUACAUUUGGAGUCCCCUGAUAGUCAUAACACCAGACUACCAAACUGGCCUUUUGUCCCUCAAAAUAUGAUGUGUGGUCAUUAUAACCUGCCCCAGAAAGACCUUGCCAAGACCAGUGCUCCAGGAAGAUCAUGGAAGAUAAUACACCUCAGUGAACAAGAGCAACCCGGAGAACUGAAAUGUGUAUCUGUAACAGGCUUUACUGCACUAUUUACUUGGGCAGAGGAAACUGCUGGCUGCACCAUUAUCCUCUGGGAUUUGGAGACCCAGAGCAUGCAGUGUAUUUCCCUUGGCCAGAAGUGUGUUCCUGUAGACAGUAGUGGAGACCAGCAACUGUGCCUUGUGGUGACUGAAAAUGGGCUUUCUCUGAUCCUGUUUGGUUUAACUCAAGAGGAAUUUUUAAACAGACUAAUGAUCCACGGAAGUGCCAGCACUGUGGACUCUCUUUGUCAUCUCAAUGGGUGGGGGAGGUGCUCCAUUCCCAUCCACGCACUAGAGGCUGGGAUAGAAAAUCGUCAGCUUGACACAGUAGAUUUUUUCUUGAAGAGCAAGGAAAAUCUUUUUACUCUGUCCCCAAAAUCUUCUGUAGAUGAUCAGUUUCAUCAUGUUCCAUCAAGUUUAUAUUUAAAAAAUGUGGAAGAGCUGACACCAGCAUUGGACUUACUUUGUACAGCAAUUAGAGAAAGUGAUUCUGAAACCCAGAGUAAACACUUCUCAGAACAGCUGCUUAAUCUUACACUGUCUUUCCUUAACAAACAAAUAAAGGAGCUUUUUAUUCACACUGAAGAACUAGAUGAAUACCUACAGAAAGGAGUGAACAUUUUGACAAGCUAUAUCAAUGAACUACGAACCUUCAUGAUAAAGUUUCCUUGGAAGCUAACAGAUAUUAAGGAUGAAUAUGUUAUAAAUAAAAAUAUCCCCACAGUGAAAGAGAGUGAUACAUGGGAGAAACUCUGCUGUCGGGAAGUUAUUGCCCAUGCCAUUUUAAACAACAAAAUACCAGAGGCACAAACCUUCUUCAGGAUUAACAAUCAUCCUGCUCAUAGACUACAGGAGCUUAUUAGGAUAGGCCUGGAUUUGGUCUUUGACAGUUUAAAGAACAACAAUAUAAAGGAAGCCUCUGAACUUUUGAAGAAUAUGGGCUUUGAUGUAAGAGACCAGUUGCUCAAAAUAUGCUUCUAUACAACUGAUAAAAAUAUACGGGACUUUUUGGUUGAAAUUUUGAAAGAGAAAAAAUACUUCUCUGAAAAAGAAAACAGAACUAUAGACUUCGUACAUGAAGUUGAGAAGCUUUAUUCAGGACAUGCUCAAGAAAGUGUGCAGAUCCAGUCCCUUCCCAGGUAUUGGAUAAUGGAGCAAGAUUUUUUCAAGCACAAAUCUGUUUUGGAUUCAUUCCUCAAAUGUGAUCAUAAAGAUGAACUUAACAAAGAAGACCAUAGAAUUGUGUUAAACUGGGCUCAGUGGUGGGACAGACCAACCCAAGAAUAUAUCCUUCUUCCCAGGAUGAGUCCAAAAGACUACAAAUCAUAUUCACCAGAAGCCCUCUGGAGAUACCUCACUGCUCGCCAUGACUGGUUAAGCAUCACCUUGUGGACUGGAGAAUUUCAGUCCCUGGAAAAUGAUGUUUCACUUGAGAACAAGUGGCCUCUUCUAACUGUUGAUAUUAUUGACCAGAAUACUUGCUGUAACAACUACAUGAGGAAUGAAAUUUUAGAUAAACUGGCCAGGAAUGGGAUUUUUCUCCCAUCGGAACUGGAAGACUUUGAACUUUUCCUCCUAAGACUGAGCCGUAUUGGGGGUGUAAUACAAGAUUCACUCCCUGUUCAAAACUACCAAUCCAAAGAAGGUUGGGAUUUCCGUUCUCACUUCAUUCGCUACUGUUUGGAGCAUGGUUUACAGCUUCUUCUUUAUGUUUAUCUUGACUAUUACAAACUUAGUCCUGAAAAUUGUCCUUGUUUGGAAAAGAAAGAAUUACAUGAAGCUUAUCCUUGGUUUGAAUUUUUAGUCCAGUGUCGGCAAGUUUCCAGUAAUUUAACAGAUCCCAAACUGGUCUUCCAGGCUAGCCUUGCAAAUGCUCAGAUUUUGAUUCCCACCAAUCAGGCCAGUGUAAGCAGUAUGCUACUGGAAGGGCAUACCCUCCUGGCCCUUGCUACUACAAUGUAUGCUCCUGGCGGGGUCAGCCAGGUUGUUCAGAAUGAAGAAAAUGAGAGUUAUUUAAAGAAAGUGGAUCCCCAGCUCCUGAAGAUGGCCUUAACUCCUUACCCAAAGCUCAAAACUGCUCUCUUUCCACAGUGCACUUCUCCUAGUGUUCUGCCCCCCGAUAUUACACUCUAUCACCUAAUUCAGUCCCUAUCGCCAUUUGAUCCUGGCAGGUUGUUUGGCUGGCAGUCUGCCAACACACUAUCAAUAGGAGAUACACAGAGUCAUCUCCCACAUUUCUCUAGCCCUGAGCUGGUGAAUAAAUAUGCUUUAAUGGAACGUCUGAAUUUUACUUACUAUUUAUAUCAUGGACGCCCAUCAUUUGCCUUUGGUACUUUUCUGGUCCAGGAAUUAAUCAAGAGCAAGGCUCCUAAACAACUGAUCCAGCAAGUAGGCAAGGACGUCUAUAUGUUAGGGCUUUCCUCCUUCCACAUACCUUCAGUCGGAGCUGCCUGCAUUUGUUUCUUAGAAUUGCUUGGUCUUGACAGCCUCAAGCUCAGAGUUGAUAUGAAAGUGGCAAAUAUAAUUGUGGGCUACAGGUGUAGAAAUGAAGCAUCUCAGUACACCAUUACCAGAGAGUCUCUAGCUGAAAAAUUAUCUAAACUGGCAGAUGGUGAAAAGGCAACCACAGAAGAAUUGCUUGUUCUCUUAGAAGAAAGUACUUGGAAUAGUAUUCAGCAACAGGAAAUAAAGAGGUUAUCCAGUGAGUCUAGCAGCCAGUGGGCACUAGUGGUACAGUUCUGCAGGCUCCACGACCUGAAACUGAGCACAGCUUACCUUAUAGAAUGUGCCAAAGAAAAUGAUUGGCUACUGUUCAUUGUUCACAGCCAACAAUAUAACUACCACCCGGAGGAGGUGGAAUCGCUUCUUCAGUACUUCAGCCCUGUCCUUCACGACCACUUACGGCUGGCCUUUGAGAAGCUGCCAUCAGCGUCUGGCUCUAGAGUGGACAGCAGUCCAGUCUCCAAGCCCCCUCGGGAACUCCAGAAGAACAAAGAGGACGUGACUGACUUCUUCGCGAUACUUCUGCGGUGCUCAGAGGAGCCGGACGCCGGGCGCUGGCUCCUGGCUGAGGCGGUGAAGCGGCAGGCUCCUGUUCUCAGUGUUCUGGCCUCAUGUCUCCAGGAUGCCAGCGCUGUUUCCUGUCUCUGUGUCUGGAUCAUUACUUCUGUGGAGAACAGCGUUGCAGCCGAGACCAUGGGGCACAUUCAGGGCUCAGUGGAGAACCGGACGUGGGACCUUGAGGACCUCGCCAUUGUUUGGAGAGUGUUACUGGCAAGGCAGAAGAGCAGAACUCUUAUCCGAGGUUUCCAGCUUUUCCUUAAGGAUUCCCCAUUACUACUGAUGCUGGAGAUGUAUGAGCUGUGUAUGUUUUUUAAGAACUACAAGGAUGCCCAAAUUAAACUUCUAGAGUUCCAGAAGAGUCUUGCAACUCUUGCCGCUGCCGCUGCCCUCCCCGUCACACCUGUCACAUGGCUGAAGGAUCAGGUGUGCUUCCUCUUCAAGCUUAUGCCGCAGCAGUGCCAGACGCAGUAUGAGCUGGGGAAGCUUUUACAGCUCUAUGUCGGAGCAGAACAUCUCUUCAGUGAUGGUCCAGAUGUGAAGAAGCUAUAUAUUCUUAGCCAAAUUUUGAAGGGUACAUCUAUAGCUAUUAAUCCUGUAAUUAUCACCAACUACAGCAUUGAGAAUUUCCAGCAUGAAUGUAAAUCCAUUUUGGAAAGACUGCAGACUGAUGGGCAGUUUGCUUUGGCCAAGAGAGUAGCCGAAUUAGCUGAGUUACCUGUGGACAGCUUGGUUAUUGAAGAGACAAUAAAGGAAAUGCAGACCCUAAAACACAUUGCACAGUGGUCCCUGAAACAAGCAAGAAUUGACUUCUGGAAAAAAUGCCAUGAGAAUUUUAAGAAGAAUUCCAUUUCAAACAGAGCAGCCUCUUCCUUCUUCUCCAGCCAGGCCCUGGUGGCCGGUGAGCCCCCUGCCGGAGGUGGCGCUCAGGAGCGCCACCUGCUGCUCGCGCUGGCGGGGCACUGGCUCGCCCGGGAGGACCCGGUCCCGCUGCACCAGCUGGAGGAGCUGGAGAAGCAGAUGUGGAUUUGCCGCAUCAGCCAGCACACCCUCACAGGGAACCGGGAGGAAACAGAGCCUAGGUUUUCUCGACAGAUCUCAACAAGUGGUGAACUUUCUUUUGACAGCUUAGCCAGUGAAUUUUCCUUCUCCAAGUUGGCUGCUCUGAACACAUCAAAAUACCUAGAGCUUAGUGGCCUUCCAUCCAAAGAGACUUGUGAAAAUAGACUAGACUGGAAGGACCAGGAGUCACUCAACUUUUUGAUUGGGCAACUAUUGGAUGAUGGCCGUGUUCAUGAAGCAAGCCGAGUAUGCCGGUAUUUUCGUUUCUACAGCCCAGAUGUGGCCUUGGUGUUGCACUGCCGAGCUCUGGCCUCGGGGGAGGCCAGCGUGGAUGACCUGCACCCCGAGAUCCGCACUCUCCUGCGAAGUGCCGAGCUGCCUGAGGAGCAGGAGGAACCUGGCGUUCCUCUAAAGAAAGUCCCCAGCACUUCCAGCUUGGGUAGCCAGUCAUUCGUGAUGGCCCCCCCCAGUGAUGAGGUGGUGACAACUCUGGAAACUCUGACCAGCAAAUGUCUCAAUGGAAAGAACUACUGCCGGCAGGUUCUCUGUCUAUACGAACUUGCUAAGGAAUUGGACUGUUCCUAUGCAGAUGUAGCUGCCCAAGAUGGCGAGGCUACACUUCGGGCAAUCUUGGCCUCAAGGAAGCCUGAUAGGUGCAAACGAGCCCAUGCCUUCAUUAGCACCCAGGGCCUUAAGCCAGACACCGUGGCUGAAAUUGUGGCUCAAGAGGUGACGUGGGAGCUGCUGGCCUCAUCAGAGGGAACAGGACAUAAGCAAAUGUUCAACCCCACAGAAGAAAGUCAGACCUUUCUUCAGCUGACUGCUCUGUGUCAGGACCGCACUUUGGUAGGCAUGAAGUUGUUGGAUAAGAUUUCCUGUGUUCCCCAGGGGGAGCUGUCGUGCACCACAGAGCUCCUGAUCCUGGCCCAUCAGUGCUUCACUCUGACUUGCCACAUGGAGGGCAUCAUGAGAGUCCUGCAGGCUGCCCGGAUGCUCACAGAUAACCACUUGGCCCCCAACGAAGAGUAUGGACUGGUGGUGCGUCUCCUCACCGGCAUUGGACGAUACAAUGAGAUGACAUACAUAUUUGAUUUGCUGCAUAAAAAACACUACUUCGAAGUGCUAAUGAGGAAGAAGUUGGAUCCGAAUGGUACACUGAAGACAGCGCUGCUGGACUACAUCAAACGCUGCCACCCUGGGGACAGCGAGAAACACAACAUGAUUGCCCUGUGCUUCAGUAUGUGCCGAGAGAUAGGGGAGAAUCACGAGGCAGCUGCCCUCAUCCAGCUGAAAUUGAUUGAGUCUCAGCCCUGGGAAGACAGCCUCCAGGACACACCCCAGUUGAAGCAACUGCUGCUGAAGGCGCUGACUCUGAUGCUGGAUGCAGCAGAGAGUUACGCCAAGGACUCCUGUGUGCGACAGGCCCUGCACUGUCACCGGCUCACGAAGUUGAUAACACUACAGGUCCACUUUCUGAACACUGGCCAGAACACAAGGAUCAUCAACUUAAGCCACCAGAAGCUGAUGGACUGUAUCAUGGCUCUCCCUCGCUUCUACCAGGCAUCUAUAGUGGCUGAGGCCUAUGACUUUGUUCCUGACUGGGCUGAAAUUCUACACCAACAAGUAAUUCUUAAAGGAGACUUCAGUUACUUGGAGGAAUUUAAGCAGCAAAAAUCAUUAAGACCCAGUAUAUUUGAAGAGAUUUCCAAAAAAUAUAAACAUCAGCCUGCUGGCGCAGAAAACCUGAAGAAGUUGCUCUCCUAUUGUGAAGAUAUCUACCUAUAUUACAAGUUGGCAUACGAACAUAAAUUUCUUGAUAUUGUGAAUGUGCUACUGAAGGACCCUCAAACAGGUUGCUGUCUAAAGGAUAUGCUUGCAGGUUAGAUUUGAAAGGUACUUGUUUUCUUGUACUGAAUGAACUCCCAACAGAUGUCCUCCAAAAUCAGAGUCGUUUUUGGAUCUGUUAUCUGAGUUGACAGCCACAUCAGUCCUUUGGGGGUGGUAGGGACUUCGUUGCCUAUUCACCUAUAAUCAUUUCACAUGUAUUAAGACCAAAAGCUUCCUCUUAAGAUGUAAUGAUUACAAAAUACCUGUGCCUGCAGAUUCCAGUUUCAAAGAAUUUUAAUAUUUACACAGUUAAGGAAUAGGUGAUACAUUUUCAUUUUCAUGUGUUAGAUCUUUCUAUAUUAAAAUAGACUUUAAAUUCA